CCUAGUCCCAAUCUUCAGGGUUCAAUCUUCCAAACCCUUCAAACGCACGCCUCACCGACACAAAGGAGCCUGAAACCUCCAUUCCCCUCCCGAAUACAUCUUCCACAAUGAAGCUCUCUACCUCCCAAUUCUCCAUCCUCCUCACCGCUUUUCUCCUCGCCCCACCUUCGGUCGUAUCGGCCCUUCAAUCUUCCCACCACCACGUUCAACAAGGAAGACAUGUGAGGGGCCAUGAUGGGGUCUUGGCGAGACGGGCUGGCCGAGGUCUGAACCAGAUGGGAGAGAGGGAACAGGGUUGGGUGAGGGAGAGGCAGUUGAUCCAGAUUGGCGGGGACGAUGAUGCGGAUGAGGACGCCACGAGUGCCACUCGUCAACCUACCUCUUCUGCCGCGGUGGUCAGCACUACUUCGGCCGCAGCCAUCACACCUCCUACGACCUCUUCGGCCGCAGCUAUCACGCCUACUACAUCAGCUGCCAUCCGUACCACCUCGGCAGCGGCCGUCACCCCUAGUACGACCAGCCUCAACACUCCAGCAGUCACACCUACUACAUCGAGCACGCCUUCCUCUACCUCGGUGGUCGUCGUCAGCGAGACCGAUCCGACCACGCAGGAACAGGCCGUCAGCUCGACCGUUGGUGUAGCCAGCUCUGCGGGGGCUAGCACGGCACUGGGUGUAAGCCCUACUGGCACUUUAACGGCUCCGGCAGGGAUGAGCAGCUCGACCGUAGUGGUCUCCGCGACUCGCGUUUCGACCGACGCUCAAGGUUCUGUCAUCUACGUCACCGAAGUCCAAACACUCUCCCGAAGCUCUCAAACCGGAGCUGUCGAUCCGCAAACCGCCACCGUGCUCGAGACCAUGUCGGCAGGAAAUGCCAACGGCACGUCCAGCGCCAAAAACGAAGACGAAGAUUCGGGCGGGCUGGGAACCGGUGCGAUUGUCGGGAUCAGCGUCGUUGCUGGUGUUGUUGUGCUUGGACUGGUUUUAUUCCUCGUCUGGAAGCUCAAACAGAAGAGAUUCGCCAGCUUUGACGAUGACGACGCCGACGGUAUCAAGUGGCCUGAACUCAACCGUCACGGAGAUUCGUCUAUGAACCUGCCUCUCCCCGCUAAGCCUACCGGUGGACACGGUUUCGAGACCAACGCCUUUGAACGAGGCCGGACUGACCUCGAUGGCAACCUGAUCGACGACGACUAUGAUGCCUAUUCUCAUGGGGAUCAUCACCCAGUAUCGCUCGCCGGGUCCAUGCACGACAACUCGCCGUAUUACCACGACCCGUCGCCACCUCUUCCGGGCACAAGCAUGUCGUAUGCGGAUACUGGCGUCUAUGGAGCUGGUGGAGCUGGAGUGACUCGGAACCCUUCGACGGGGGCUGCGACAUUCUUGUCGGGUCAUUCAGACGACGGCGGAAUGGCGCGUGGGCUCGGUGGGUCAAGGGCGUUUGACUCUCGACCUGAUAGCGAAAUGAUGGAGAUGACCGAGACUAGGAAUGGCGGACUGGGUCGAAGCGGGUCAGGCAGACUGCUCUAAACGGGUGGACACCUCUUGACUGCGCGCGCUGGCCGUCUGCUCCUUUCCCCGUCCAUCUCUCAUACUGUCUGUAGAUCUAUAGGGCGUCCGUGCGUCACCUUCAUACUCGCGGACAGCUAACAAUAACGUUUUUCCUCG